AUGAACGGAGAAGUCAAAAAGAAUCCUGACAGAUCCCCCUUGAAUAAUCCAUGGUUUCAAAAAGCUUACGAUGCGGCAAUUGCCUUCCAUGAAAAGGACGAAAAGUUGGAUCGAGAAGAUAGGCUAGAUCUCUACCAAAAAUAUAAAAUAAUUGGAAGAACUCAAUUAUUUGCUGGAUGGCUAGGCUUUGGUGCUGUAUUUAUAACUCCCUUUGCAUAUCGUCAUUACACAACGGGAGUCAUGAAAGGUAUUAAAGUACCAAGGAACUUCAUACUUGGGUUAAUCGCGAUGGCAUUUAGUGGCCAACUGGCAAGUAAUCUCAUGUAUAAGUAUCAAUUAAAUUUGCUCGAUUACGUGCCUAAUGUAGAAACAAGUGGAGACAAAUACGGUGAUAAUCUGCAACAGAAUCAAGAAGAAUUGGUUGCACAGGAACAUAAAACUCGGGAUCAGAAAGUCUAUGAAAUGAUGACUCUCUUGAAAAAUGGCUCAGCUUCUAGAUGGAGAAGUUACUUUUAUGUCACGUAUCAUGAUCCAUCGAGAAAGUUUCCUGACCCAAAGGUUAAAAUGCAGCAACUAAAAGAAUUUACAAACGGGUUGGACUCGGUUUCACCAUUUAUGCAUCAGAGAGACCCCAUGGGUUUAUAUUCCAAAAGAUUUCCUAAGCACAAAGAUAAGGAUCCAACGGGUACUGUAGCUACCCUUGAACAAGCAAAUCCUACCAACAGUAAUGCGCAAGAAACACAGACGAGAAAUUCGCAAUCGUCAUGGGAACAUGUCCGUCAACAAGAUACCACACCCUCGUCGUGGGAUAGAGUGAGAAGGGGAGAAACUAAAGAUGCAUCGGAUAUUCCUAAUUUUAAUGACGAAAAUGAUAUCUUUUCACCCAGAUCUGCGGAAGCAGCACCGCUCGAUUCUUCGAUCCCUCUGAACCAUCCAACACAGAAUGAGUUCGACAAACUAUUAGAAGAAGAGAGAAAUGGUGGAAAUUAG